AUGGCAGGUCCUAUCCUUCUCCGUUCUCUCUUCUCCUCCACCUCUAGGAGAUCCCUUUCCUCUCACUUGGCCCCACUGCCCCGCCUCUACCGCCGCUUCUCAUCCGGCCCUGCCGCCGCCGCCGCAACAGAACCGAGUGCAUAUUUGGAUCCUGGUAGACUUCGGAACGUGGCAGUGGUUGCGCACGUCGACCACGGGAAAACCACGCUCAUGGACCGGCUCCUGAGGCAGUGUGGAGCAGACAUCCCCCACGAGCGAGCCAUGGACUCCAUCAGCCUCGAGCGCGAGCGUGGUAUUACCAUUGCUUCCAAGGUCACUAGUAUUUCAUGGAAAGAAAACGAGUUAAACAUGGUUGAUACACCUGGGCAUGCGGAUUUUGGUGGUGAGGUUGAACGGGUUGUUGGCAUGGUUGAAGGAGCAGUAUUAGUUGUUGAUGCUGGUGAGGGGCCACUUGCACAAACAAAAUUUGUUCUUGCCAAAGCCUUGAAGUAUGGGCUGCACCCCCUUCUUCUAUUGAACAAAGUAGACCGACCUUCAGUAUCAGAGGAGAGAUGUAAUGAAGUUGAGAGUCUAGUAUUCGAUCUUUUUGCAAAUCUUGGUGCUACAGAGGAACAGCUUGACUUUCCAGUCCUCUAUGCUUCUGCUAAAGAAGGUUGGGCAUCUUCAACCUAUACUAAAGAUCCUCCUGCUGGUGCAAAGAAUAUGUCACAGUUGCUUGAUGCCAUUGUAAGGCAUGUUCCUCCACCAAAAGCAAACCUUGAUGGACCUUUCCAAAUGCUGGUUUCCAUGAUGGAAAAAGACUUUUAUCUUGGGCGAAUUUUGACUGGGCGUGUCUCAUCUGGAAUAGUUCAUGUUGGUGAUAAAAUACAUGGUUUGCGAAGCAUCGAGUCUGGAAUUGAGAAAAUUGAAGAAGGAAAGGUUGUGAAGCUAAUGAAAAAGAAGGGUACAAGCAUGGUUCUUAUCGAUAGUGCAGGAGCUGGUGAUAUUAUAUCAAUGGCUGGGCUCGGCAAUCCAUCAAUUGGCCAUACAGUGGCAAAUGCAGAGGUGAUGACUGCAUUGCCAACCGUUGAGUUGGAUCCCCCCACCAUUUCCAUGACUUUUGGUGUCAAUGAUUCUCCAUUAGCUGGUCGUGGUGGUACCCAUUUGACUGGAGGAAAAAUUGGUGAUCGGUUAAUGGCUGAAGCUGAAACAAAUCUGGCCAUAAAUGUGCUUCCAGGCAUAGCAGAUUCUUUCGAGGUUCAGGGGAGGGGAGAACUGCAGCUAGGUAUCUUGAUUGAGAAUAUGAGACGUGAAGGAUUUGAGCUAUCUGUUUCACCACCGAAAGUGAUGUAUAAAAUUGAGAAAGGUCAAAAGCUGGAGCCUAUUGAGGAGGUGACUAUUGAGGUGAAUGAUGAGCAUGUGGGGUUAGUUAUGGAAGCUCUGUCUCAUAGGCGAGCUGAGGUUGCAGACAUGGGUCCUGUUGCUGGAAAUGUUGGUAGAACUAGACUGUCAUUGACCUGUCCAUCAAGGGGCCUGGUUGGUUACAGAAGUGUGUUCAGCAGUGAUACACGUGGAACUGGAUUUAUGCAUCGUGCUUUUCAAUCAUAUGAAAAAUAUCGGGGUCCUCUUGGAAAUGUCAGGAAAGGAGUAUUGGUAUCAAUGGGUUAUGGUACAAUCACAGCGUAUGCAUUGAUGAGUUUGGAACCUCGUGGAACUCUUUUUGUGACCCCUGGGAUGGAGGCAUAUGAUGGCAUGAUAGUUGGUGAGCAUUCACGUGAUACAGAUCUUGAUGUGAAUCCAGUAAGGAGUAAAGAAUUGUCAAAUAUGCGGGCUGCUGGCAAGGAUGAAAAUGUCAAACUCUCUCCUCCAAGACUUAUGACUCUUGAAGAAGCUAUUGGUUAUGUUGCUUCUGAUGAGCUUAUAGAGGUUACACCAAAAACCAUCAGAUUAAGGAAGAGGUAUCUGGAUGUUAACAAGCGCAAAGCCAUGAGUAAGAGGAUGAAAGACUGACCGACUCUUUCCCGAACAUAUUAUUUUGUGGAAUAUAUUAAAAAUUAUUCUUGUUUUCACAAAAAUAAUAAGGGGCAGGGGGAUGAAAAAUAAAUUUUAUUUGGUUUGAAGAUUGUAUGUUUUAUCGCAAUAAUUUUUUAUCAUUCCUCUGAAUUAUACUCUCUUAUUUGACUCA